UGUGAUCGCGGCCACCAAACCAAAACAAAACACACCAGUUUGAAAUCGUAAAACGCAAUUUCAUUUUUAGUUUUUUUUGUGCCGGCGAGAGAAGUAUGAAUCUGGCCGCCUUAGUCUACCAGCAGUUCCACUCGAAGCGGGCGCAAAUUCUACGGACGGUCUUGAAAUGUGAUUCCCGUCACUGCUCUUCGAAUGCCACCCCGGCUGGUUUACCGAAAGUGCCACCGUCCGCAUCGUCAGGCGCCAUCGGUCAGGAACCGUUGGAACUGAUAAAGAGGGCGGUGUCCUACGGACAGCCAAUGCUAGCCACCCAUCCGCACUUGCUGGGUGAGGAUGAACUGGUGCCGGGAAUUCGUCUAGCAGAAGUGCAAGCGCGACGUCGGGCGUUGCUGGCCCUGGUCCGGAAUCACGCCGCAACCGGGCUGGAUCGGAGCGUUAAGGAGCACAUCGUGGUCGUGCCGUCGGCGAACAAAAAGUACAUGAGCGACAAGAUCCCGUACGUGUUCCGGCAGAACUCGGAUUUCCUGUAUCUGAGUGGGUGUCUCGAGCCGGAUAGUGUUCUCACGCUGGAAGUGGACAGUGAGGGGAACGAGACGAGUACGUUGUUUGUGCGGCCGAAGGAUUCGCACGCGGAGCUGUGGGAUGGUCCGAGGACUGGAGUGGAGCUGGCGCCGCAUGUGUUCGGGGUGGACCAGGCCGCGAACGUGAGCGAGCUGAAGGGCUAUCUGACGAAAUACUCGUUUGCACAUCCGCAGGGGCUGGUAUGGUUCGAUGAGAAGGGGUGCGAUUUGACGGACGUGCGAAAGAUGGUCGGGGAUGUGAGCAAAACGGGAGUGGUCCGCUCGCCGAUUGGGUUGAUUCAUAAACUAAGGGUGGUGAAAACGCCGGCCGAGAGGGAGCUGAUGAGACGUACGUGCCAGAUUGCUUCUGCGGCCAUCAACCGGACGAUGCAGGAGAGUAGAGCCGGUCAGAGCGAGCACCAGCUGUUUGCCAAGGUGGACUUCUUCAGUCGGAUGGCUGGGGCGAGCUAUCUGGCGUAUCCUCCGGUGGUGGCCGGAGGUCGGAACGCUACUGUGAUACACUACGUGAACAACAAUCAGAUCGUGGCGGACGGGGACAUGGUCCUGAUGGAUGCCGGCUGUGAGUACGGAGGUUAUACCAGUGACAUCACCAGGACGUGGCCAAUCAACGGGGAGUUCAGCGAACCUCAGCGGAUUCUAUACGAGCUGCUUUUCCAAGUGCAGCGGGAAUUACUCGAAUGCCUCCAGAGCGUCGGAGGAGAAACGCUUGACCAACUGUUCGACACGAUGUGCCUCAAGCUGGGCAAGUACCUGCAGGAAGUGGGACUGAUUCCGAAGGGCCUGCAAGGUGUGGAUUUGGGUCGAGCGGCGUACAAGUUCUGUCCGCAUCACGUAUCGCACUACUUGGGAAUGGACGUGCACGAUACACCACUGAUUUCCAGGAGUAUAUCGCUAGUGCCCGGAAUGGUAUGCACGGUUGAACCUGGCAUCUACAUCAGCCACCGGCGGAAAGACGUCCCGCCGGAGUUCCGCGGGUUGGGACUCCGCAUCGAAGACGAUGUCCUCAUCCUACCGGAUAACAAGAUAGAAGUCCUCACCGACGGAUGCGCCAAGGACAUCCGCCAAAUCGAAGCUCUCAUCGGAUCGUGAAGUUUCACGAUAUCUGCACUAUCAUAGGUAGACGUAAAAGGUAAGUCAAUCCGAAAUUCUUCCAAAUCCACUCUCCGCUGCCGCGCGUGGCAAUGAUUGCGUCCAAACUUGUCCACCGUUUUCGGAUGCAACAAACAAACUACUAAUCUACACCGUGUUACACGAAGGAGAUUGUAAAAUAUCGUUAUAUUUCCGUUUGUUUUUGUAAAAAUUAACACUAAAUCUAAGCAGUUUAACGAUUUCCUUAACAACUAUCUACUCUGACUUAGUUGGUAGACGAGAUGCGUAAAAUAAAACGUAAAUCUGAAACACG